AUGUCUUCUUCCAGCAAAAAUAAGCUUCUCACUACCAUUCUCACAGCCAAUAUUCCAGGCUGCGAUUGCGGCAGGCCGAAGCUCUCCGACGUAUACGACCCAACCCCAAAACCCAAAAUCCAAAUCCACAAAAACCCUAUUCACCGAUCCCACUCCUCUUCAAGUUCCGGUGAUCAAAAUGGCAAGAGUUUCACCGGUGACGACGACGAAGAUCAGUGCACCUCCACCACCGUCUCUUUCAACAACAACUCGUCCUUACAGUCAAAGCCAUUCGAUUCAGCAGAGAGUACGAAUCCGAAGAACACGAAGAUUUCAAGCCCGAAUACAACGAAAACCAGCGGCAGCAUUGCGGUGGUGAAGGAAUCAAACGACCCGUAUCAGGAUUUCAGGCAGUCGAUGCUGCAGAUGAUUGUGGAGAAGCAGAUUUACUGGAAGGAGGAUCUGCAGGAGCUGCUCCGCUGCUUUCUGGAACUCAACUCUCCGUCCCACCACGAUGUUAUCGUCCGAGCAUUCACACAAAUCUGGAACGAUCUGAUCAGCGAAAGCAAGAAGCCGAUGAUCAUAUGA